CGCGCGCGCCUCAGAGAGCCCGGUGCGACUGGCUGACGGGAGUGCGAGUGGUGUGUGGGAUGUGAUGCGAGCCGCCAGAGAAAAUGGCGGCGGCAGCAGGAGGAGGAGGAGGGUCGGCUGCUGCUGCUGCUGCUGCUGUGGCGGCUGCGAGUCGCAUCUCCUCCUCGGUCGGAUUAUCGUCGAGUAAGGAAGCCGCCGCCGCCGCCGCCUCCGCUUCCCCUUCCUGCUCCGUCCCGGCCGCCCGGAGCCCGAAGUCUGUGAGGAGCGGCGGGGCUGGGAGCGCUGGAGGCGGCGGCGGCGGGCUCCUGACGAGAGACCCGGGCGGCGGCGGCGGUGUUCGGGAACCUCGCUCGGACUGGAGGCGGAAGCAGCUGCGCAAAGUGCGGAGCGUGGAGCUGGACGGGCUGCUGGAGCCCGCCGAGUGCCCGGAGCUGCCCCUCUGCUUCUCAGGAGCCGCCGCCUCUUCCCCGUCGGCCGUGCAGCCGCGCUCGACCCCCGGCAGCCCCGCGUCCUCCCCCAGCCGCGGCUUCCUCCUCGCCGGCUCCCACGACACGCCGCUGCCGGACGCCGCGAGCCAAGCUGCGGGAGCUGGCGCCGCCGCCGCAGCCGAGAAGACCGUGGAGCCGCCGCCCCCUCCGGUCGGAACAGGUCGUGACAUGGAGAAUAAAGAAACCCUCAGGGGGUUGCAGAAAAUGGAUGACCGCCCAGAAGAGCGCAUGAUCAGGGAGAAACUCAAGGCAACAUGUAUGCCUGCUUGGAAGCAUGAAUGGCUUGAAAGGAGGAGUAGGAGAGGCCCUGUGGUAGUAAAACCAAUACCAAUAAAAGGUGAUGGCUGUGAAGCAAACAAACCAGCAACGGAGCCUGUUUCUGAGGGACAAACAAGUGCUACUUCACCUACGCAGAAGGGGAGGCGGAGCCCUUCUCCUAGCAGUUCCUCUUCAUCCUCAUCUAGGGCUGUUAAAUCGGAAUCACCAGGUGUAAGAAGGAAAAGGUUAUCUCCUGUGCCUUUUCAGAGUGGACGAAUAACACCACCACGAAGAGCUCCAUCUCCAGAUGGCUUCUCACCAUAUAGUCCUGAGGAAACAAAUCGGCGGGUCAACAAGGUCAUGAGAGCCAGAUUGUACCUCUUACAGCAAAUAGGACCGAAUUCUUUCUUGAUAGGAGGCGACAGCCCAGACAAUAAAUAUAGGGUAUUCAUUGGUCCUCAGACCUGCAGCUGUGGGCGUGGAACAUUUUGCAUUCAUCUCCUAUUUGUUAUGCUUCGUGUGUUUCAACUUGAAUCUUCAGAUCCAAUGCUCUGGCGAAAAACCUUGAAGAACUUUGAGGUUGAAAGUUUGUUCCAGAAAUAUCACAGUAGGCGUAGCUCAAGAAUCAAAGCCCCAUCUCGUAACACCAUCCAGAAGUUUGUCUCACGCAUGUCAAAUUCUCAUACAUUGUCAUCAUCUAGUACGUCUACAUCUAGUUCAGAAAACAGUAUCAAGGAUGAAGAAGAACAGAUGUGCCCCAUUUGUUUGCUAGGCAUGUUGGAUGAAGAGAGCUUGACUGUCUGCGAAGAUGGCUGCAGAAAUAAACUUCACCACCACUGCAUGUCAAUAUGGGCAGAGGAGUGUAGAAGAAACAGAGAGCCUCUUAUAUGCCCUCUUUGUAGAUCUAAGUGGAGAUCUCAUGAUUUCUAUAGCCAUGAGUUGCCAAGCCCUGUAGAAUCUCCUUCUGCUCUUCGUGUUGUCCAGCAGCAAACUCAGCAGCCUACAGCCGUCUCACCAAGGAGGAGUCAAGAUAGUAAUUUUAACCUUACUCAUUAUGGGGUCCAGCAAAUCCCUUCUGCCUAUAAAGACUUAGCUGAGCCAUGGAUACAGGUAUUUGGAAUGGAAUUAGUUGGCUGCUUGUUUUCUCGAAACUGGAAUGUACGUGAGAUGGCCCUUAGACGUCUCUCCCAUGAUGUUAGUGGUGCUCUAUUAUUGGCUAACGGUGAAAGCACUGGAAAUUCUGGAAGCAGUGGUGGAAGCACCACAAGUGCUGGAACUCUAGGAGCAGCUAUUGGGUCAUCACAAACCAGUAUCUCAGGAGAUGUGGAGUCCUGCUGUAGUGUCCUUUCCAUGGUGUGUGCCGAUCCCGUCUACAAAGUCUAUGUUGCUGCUUUAAAAACAUUAAGAGCCAUGCUGGUAUAUACACCCUGUCAUAGCCUGGCAGAGAGGGCAAAACUGCAACAACUUCUGAAGCCAGUUGUGGAGACUAUAUUGGUGAAAUGUGCAGAUGCUAACAGCCGCACAAGCCAACUUUCAGUUUCAACACUCCUUGAGAUGUGCAAGGGCCAAGCUGGAGAACUGGCAGUUGGUAGAGAAAUACUUAACUCUGGGUCCAUUGGCAUUGGUGGUAUUGAUUUUGUCUUAAACUGCAUCCUUGGAACACAGCCUGAACCAAACAAUUGGCAAGCACUGCUUGGGCGCCUUUGUCUUAUAGAUAGACUGUUGUUGGAGUUUCCUGGUGAAUUUUAUCCCCACAUUGUCAGUGGGGAUAUUUUAGAGGCAGACACUGUCGUAGACAGGUACAAAAAGCUGCUGUCGCUGUUGAACUUUGCUCUGCAGUCAAUUGACAACUCCCACUCAAUGGUUGGCAAAUUGUCACGGAGGGUAUUUUUAAGUGCUGCCAGAAUGGUUGCAAGAGUACCGCACGUGUUUGUUAAACUGUUAGAAAUGUUGAGUAUGACGAGCUCAACACAUUACACAAGGAUGCGCCGGCGGUUGAUGGCUAUAGCGGAUGAAAUGGAAAUUGCAGAAGCCAUCCAGCUAGGUAUGGAGGAGAUGCAUUCCAGCGAAUGCAGGCGCGAAUUUGCACAGCCACCAGUUCCUGAUAACUCUCCAGAGUCCACAGAGAGCAGUACUCCAAAUAACACAAUUCAGUUAUCAGGGAAAAGUGGGAAAGGUGUGGGUGACAAAAAACCAAGUACCAGUCCAGAGGACAUUUCUGACAUGGUGGCUGGUAUGUCUCUGGGACUUUCUGUUUCUUCAGGAACAAUGGAGCAACCAAAACCAGCCUUUCAAACAAAAGGCAGACCCCAUGGUCAGUGCUUGAACUCUUCUCUCUCAUCCUGUCAUUCCCAAUCAGUAUUCCCAACUUUGUCAUCCCCCACUACGCCAUCCGUACCCGCAGGCGCUGAUGUUUCUAAACUCAGACCUCAGGGAUUUGUUCCCUGCAAAAUGCCCUCUGCUUCUCCUCAAACGCAACGGAAGCUUUCUCUCCAGAUUCAAAGAAACUGUGCUGAACAUAAAGAAUCAGAAAAACUGUCUCCUGUCUUUACACAGGCCCGGCCUUUGCCAUUCAGUCAUAUACACCGGCCAAAGCCAUCUCGUCCUACUCCAUGUGAAAUGAACAAGCAGGGGGAAGCCUCCAAAAACAGCAUGACACUUAAUUUAAAUGAUAUAUCACAGUGUGAUAGCAAUAGUAGUAGCAAUAAUAGUGCAGUCAUACCAAGUGAAGAGACUGUUUUCACCCCUGUGGAAGAAAAACGUAGCCAGCUGGAUAUCAAUACAGAACUCAAUUCCAGUAUGGAGGACUUACUUGAGGCUUCGAUGCCAGCGAGUGAUGGAACAGUCACGUUCAAAUCUGAAGUGGCGGUUCUGUCUCCUGAACGCGCGGAAAACGACAACACAUACAAAGAUGAUGUGAACCAUAAUCAGAAAUGCAAGGAAAAGAUGGAAGCUGAAGAAGAGGAAGCUUUAGCUAUUGCCAUGGCAAUGUCAGCAUCUCAGGAUGCCCUUCCAGUAGUUCCUCAAUUGCAGGUUGAAAAUGGUGAAGAUAUCAUAAUCAUUCAGCAGGAUACACCAGAGACGCUGCCUGGGCAUACCAAAGCAAAGCACCAUUACAGGGAAGAUAUAGAAUGGCUUAAAGGUCAACAAAUUGGCCUUGGUGCCUUUUCUUCAUGUUAUCAAGCUCAGGAUGUUGGAACUGGGACGUUAAUGGCAGUGAAACAGGUGACAUAUGUCAGGAAUACAUCAUCUGAGCAGGAAGAGGUGGUAGAAGCUCUGCGGGAAGAGAUAAGAAUGAUGGGUCAUCUAAAUCACCCUAAUAUAAUUCGAAUGAUGGGUGCUACGUGUGAGAAGAGCAAUUACAAUCUCUUUAUAGAAUGGAUGGCAGGGGGAUCUGUUGCUCAUUUGUUAAGUAAAUAUGGAGCCUUCAAAGAUUCUGUGAUUGCAAACUACACAGAACAGUUGCUUCGUGGCCUUGCUUACCUUCAUGAGAAUCAGAUAAUUCACAGAGAUGUCAAAGGUGCCAACUUGUUAAUUGACAGCACAGGCCAUAGGUUAAGAAUUGCGGAUUUUGGAGCUGCAGCUAGGUUGGCAUCUAAAGGAACUGGCGCUGGAGAGUUCCAAGGACAGUUGUUGGGGACCAUUGCAUUUAUGGCACCCGAGGUGUUAAGAGGCCAACAGUAUGGUAGGAGCUGUGAUGUGUGGAGCAUUGGUUGUGCCAUUAUAGAAAUGGCUUGUGCUAAACCCCCCUGGAACGCAGAGAAACAUUCCAAUCAUCUUGCUUUGAUAUUUAAGAUUGCCAGUGCAACCACAGCUCCCUCAAUCCCACCGCAUCUCUCUCCAGGCUUAAGGGAUGUGGCGCUUCGGUGUUUGGAGCUUCAACCUCAGGACAGACCCCCAGCAAGGGAGUUGCUGAAACACCCUGUCUUCCGCACUACGUGGUAGUUUGUUGUGUAAAAGUGGGGAUACACUGAACAUGAUGCUACUGAAUAUAGAACAGUGCUGGUCUUCCUGUGCAGUUUUGCAUGGCAGUAUGUAUUAACUGUUCUGCUGGCCUUAACUAUACAUUUUUGAGGACUUGAGGUCAGUAGAGGACCUGUAUUUAAGUAUGUGACUGACAAAUCGAGAUCUUUACCCAAGCUCAGUAUGCAACAUUUCAGACUGCAGAAAUAUGUAAACUGUGCCUUUCUCAAAGAUCUGGCUCUUCGUGAACAGAAAAGCAAUUCCUCUUUUAAAUCUGCAUGAUUAUUUAGUGGAAGAAGUGGUUUUUAAUUUUUUUUUAUUUUGGAGCACUUUUUCAGCAUUACUAGCAGCUGAGGGGCUCAGGAGCCAUUUAAAAACUGCAAUCCCAUUUCCAUUUCACACCAUGCAAACAUCAGCAGUUAUGGGCUCUACAACCCAAUUUAGGUUGUUUUCGUUACUCAUCAUUAAGAAGGUACAGUGUCUGUGCAUUAUAUUUUCAUGUUCUUUUAAGUGGGGGG